AUGUCCUGUUUGCUAUCGGCGAGGCUGUUAGCAUCACGCAUCAGUGCGAACCGUGCGUACUGUACAGUGGGCGCGGUUAGAAAUGAUUUUCAACGCAAGAAGUUUGUGAUUGAUUUGGGCAAGAACGAUGAGGCAUAUCUGCAAUAUUCGGAAGACCGCAACGUUAUCAGCUUGGAUCAUACCUACGUGCCGGAUGCUGGCAAAGGCAAAGGGUUAGGUACAAAGCUAGUAGAGUCUGCGUUUCAAUACGCCAUAGAGAAGCGACUGAUGGUCAAGCUGGAAUGUGACUUUGCGGUCAAAUAUUACAAAGACAACGAAUCAACGUACAAGCGUUACGUAACGAAAUGA